GCAACGAAUACGGCCCUACCAGCGACCUCGCGCAUCUACAACCUGCAGGCUCAUUGCGCCUCUAAGCGACACCAUUUUGUACCCCUGUGUAAGAUACACAUGCUUCUAAGCUUGCGCAAAUGGAUGCAUUCCUUGUGGAGACGUCUGAUGUUUGCAAGUAACCUGUUCGAUUUCGUUACACCUCUCAUACGCUACUACUACGCCCUACCAUGUCGAAGUAAAGCCGCGCUACGAAUAGAAUCCAUUCGAGAUGUAUCCCCACUUUAUGAAGCGUUCUCCGAGGAAGACGACGAACAGGGCAAUCCAAUAUUCUUAUACUCAUCUUUCGGAUUUAUCAGUGAUGAUUUCACUGCCUACUUUGGCCGAUCCAAGCUCCGAAAGUACGAUCUGAGCUCGAAGGACAUUAUGGAAAGCCUAAAGCUUCUUCCUGACGGAGACGUAUACCCUGAGGCGCCCUGGAAUAUCACAACCUCUACGAUACCCAUGAACGGCAACGUACCCAUGAACGGCAACGUACCCAUGAACGGCAACGUUUUUUUAAAGGGUCCAAAGCUACACACAGUUUUUAUUGGUACAGGACUAUUACCAAAGCUUAUUUUGCAGGAAGUUCAGAUAUUAGAACUCCUCCAGCAUAAUCCGCAUCCAAACAUCAUCCGUUAUCACGGCUGCUUAAUCAGACGUGGUCGCAUUGUUAGUAUCGUCUUAGACCGACACCCUAUGACCCUGGAGCAGCGGCUUAAGGACGGUAUGCGUUCUCUUGAUGUUGAGACUUGCAUGAGCAAGAUUACUUCAGCAGUUAGCCACAUUCACACGCUAAAGCUAGCCCAUAAUGACCUCACGCCUAUGAAUAUUAUGGUUGACGAACACGAUACACCCUUUAUCAUUGAUUUUGGUUCCUGCCAACCUUUUGGCUGCGAGCUUAUCACUGCCGGUACACCAGGAUGGAUUGAUGAAGAUUUCACUCAUUCAGCGCAGGAUCACGAUGAAUUCGCUCUAGGCAAACUUCGAGCAUGGCUUGAAACGCAAGGACAGGAUAGCAUGAGAAAAUAGUGUCAUUAGCAUAGAGACGCGGGUAUAUCUGCAGUCAAACAGGGUCCAUCUCUUCAAUUUUACUUAUUUAUCAGAUAACCCAGUACAUAU